AUGCCUACCGUUUCUGUGAAUAAAAAACAGCUGUUUGAGCUCCUGGGGAAAGAAUAUACGAAUGAAGAAUUUGAUGAAUUGUGUUUCCAAUUUGGGAUUGAAUUGGAUGAGGAUACCACUGAAGAAGCUUUGAAAAAUAAUGAAGAACCAGAACUGAAGAUUGAUAUUGGUGCCAACCGUUACGAUUUGUUGUGUAUUGAAGGUAUUGCUCAAUCAUUGAACGAAUAUUUGGGCAGAUCCCAGACACCAAACUACAAAUUAUUAGAGCCUACCACUAAAUUGACUAUUGAAGCAUCUACUGAACAGAUUAGGCCUUAUGCUGCAGCUGCCAUUUUAAGAAAUAUCACGUUCACGGAGAAAUCUUAUGCAUCUUUCAUCGCAUUACAGGACAAAUUGCACUCUAACCUGUGUAGAAACAGAACGUUGGUUGCCAUGGGUACCCAUGAUUACGAUACUAUUCAAGGACCAUUCCGUUACCAAGCUUUACCACCAAAGGAUAUCAAAUUCGUGCCCUUGAACCAAACUAAGGAAUUUGAUGCCGCAGAGCUAAUUGAAUUUUACAAGCAACCAGAACAAAAAAACAACUUAGGUCGUUUCGUUCACAUCAUUGAAGAUUCUCCUGUUUUCCCUGUCAUCAAAGAUGCUAAUGACGUCGUUUGUUCCUUGCCACCUUUGAUCAAUUCCGAGCACAGUAAGAUAUCUUUGGACACUCGUAACGUUUUCAUCGAAAUCACCGCUACUGAUGUCACCAAGGCUGAAAUUGUUCUUGAUCAACUAUUAGCAAUGUUCAGUCGUUAUUGUGAUGAAGAAUUUACCAUGGAACCUGUUGAGAUCGUCUCCGACCACAAUGGUCAAAGUAGAACAACUCCAAAUUUGAAGCAAAGACAAAUGGAAGUGUCCGUUGACUAUAUCAACUCUGCUUUGGGUCUCGAGCAAUCCCCCGAGGAAAUUGCCCAAUGCUUGAAGAAGAUGUCUUUGCAUGCCAAGCCAUCCGCUUCCGACUCAAAGACUUUGGAAGUCAGCAUUCCAAUCACAAGACCAGAUAUCUUGCAUCCUUGUGAUAUAAUGGAAGAUGCCGCAGUUGGUUACGGCUUCGACAACCUACCAAGAGGGGGUAAACUUUCAAAUGCCAACUUCAUCGCUUCUGCAUUGCCAAUCAACAAAAUUUCUGAUAUUUUCAGAGUUGCCUCUUCACAGGCUACAUGGUUGGAAGUCUUGCCUUUGACUUUGUGCUCUCACGAUGAGAACUUCAAGUUCUUGAGAUUAGAAGAUGACGGAAAACAAGUCGUCAAGCUAGCCAAUCCAAAGACUUUAGAAUACCAAGUUGUAAGAACAAGUCUGUUGCCUGGUAUACUAAAGACUGUCAAGGAGAACAGAAAGCACUCUCUACCAAUCAAGGUCUUUGAGACCGGUGACGUGGUUUUCAAGAACGAAAAACUCGAAAGAAAAGCUUACAACGAACGUCAUUGGGGUGCCAUCUAUGCUGGUAAGACCUCUGGUUUUGAAAUCAUCCAGGGUUUGCUGGGCAAGGUCAUGCAAACUUUCAGAACCGAAUGGCUUCCAGAUUACGGCUCCAAAUCGUCAUCUAGAGGGUAUUGGAUAGAAGAAGAUAGCUCUGUAGCUACUUUCUUCCCGGGAAGAGGUGCUAAGAUUAUGUUUAGGUCACAAGAAGGAGAAGAACCAAAGAAAAUCGGUCAUCUCGGUGUCUUGCAUCCUGAAGUGAUGAACAACUUCGACAUUCCAUAUGCUGCUUCCUACGUUGAAUUGAAUGCAGAAGUCUUUUUGUAA